CUGAACAGCGUUCUUGAUUCAAAAGAUUCGAGUCACGGAGAUGAAUCAAAACCAAGACUAUUAGACUGGAGCUUCGAUUACAUUAUGGGAGAUAUGAAGUGCUGACUGCACACAGCUGUGCUCGGUGCAAGGCAUCUGACAUUUCCGAGAGCAGCAAGGCUCUCUCUAUUGGCUGGAGUCGGCGGAUCCCCCAGCAAAUCCCUCCACUCGCGAAAAAGGCCACUUCAAAUGAUCUUUUAAAGUCUGUCUGUGUUCCUCGCUCCUGCGCCCAUCUCUUUCUUUUUCGUUCUUCCGCCAAGAACCUACUAGAUUUCACCUCCUAUACAGCAAAAAGGCACAGAGGUGAAGUGAAAGGCAGGUGCUGUGUGCUGUCUCUCUCUCUCUCUCUCUUCAUCUCUGUCUCGGUGAGUGCUACACAUGGCUUCCUCACUCCUGACCCGCCAGCUGGCCAUCUCCCUUCAGCAUAACCUGCGUCUCGCCGCUCCAGGUUCCAGAUAUGUCAGCAAAACUGCCACAAAGACAGUUUCAGAGUUUGAAUAUGACGCCCCAUCCAUGAAAACUGCUGUGCCAGGUCCAAAGUCCCAGGAGCUGCUGAGACAACUCGGAGAGAUUCAGAAUGUUGGAGCGAUUCAUUUCUUCUGCAACUAUGAGGAGAGCAGGGGAAACUACCUGGUGGACGUGGACGGCAACCGAAUGCUGGACGUGUACACACAAAUCUCCUCCAUCCCCAUCGGUGAGCUCAGCCAAUAUAUGUGCAAGAGCUCUCUGCUGGUCAUAGCUGGGAUUGCUAUGCAGAGUUUUAUGGACACUGUUUCCUUUAGUGAAUCCUUUUUGUGUGAAUCUUUGUUUUCACAGAGUGCAUUUGUCAACCGGCCGGCACUUGGUAUUCUGCCACCUGAGAACUUUCCAGACAAACUGAUCGAGAGCCUGCUAUCGAUUGCCCCCAGCGGGAUGACGCGAGUACAAACCAUGGCCUGUGGUUCCUGCUCCAAUGAGAAUGCUUUCAAGACCAUGUUUAUCUGGUACAGAAAUAAGGAGAGAGGAUACGCCAUCCCCUCUGAGCAGGAAGUCGGCACUUGCAUGAUCAACCAGAGUCCUGGAUGCCCAGAUUUGAGCAUCUUGUCUUUCAUGGGAGCUUUCCAUGGAAGAACUUUGGGUUGCCUGGCUACAACACAUUCCAAAGUCAUUCACAAGCUGGAUAUACCGUCCUUCGACUGGCCCAUCGCACCCUUCCCUAAACUGCAGUACCCUCUGGAGGAGUUUGUGAGGGAGAACGCCCAGGAAGAGGCCCGCUGCCUGGAGGAGGCUGAGGAUCUCAUCGUGAAGUGGAGGCAGAAGGGCAAACCAGUGGCUGGCAUUGUGAUCGAGCCCAUCCAGGCGGAGGGAGGGGACAACCACGCUUCACCUGACUUCUUCAUCAAACUGAGAAAUAUUGCACGCAAGCAUGGCUGUGCUUUCCACGUGGAUGAGGUGCAGACAGGUGGAGGAACAACAGGCAAGUUCUGGGCCCAUGAGCAUUGGGGCCUGGACGACCCUGCUGAUGUUGUCUCCUUCAGCAAGAAGCUGCUGACAGGAGGAUACUACCACAGGGAUGAACUGCAACCAGACAAACCCUACAGAAUCUUCAACACGUGGAUGGGAGACCCCUCAAAGAAUCUGUUCUUAUCAGAGUUGCUUAAUGUGAUCCGAAGAGAGAACCUUCUGGAGGAGGUGAUGCGCUCAGGGAAGACUCUUCUACAGGGCCUUUACGCACUGCAGGUACGGCCAUCUCCAUUUCUAUCCUCACAUGACUGAUUCCUCAC